AUGUCAUUGAAAUACCGCACUUCCCGAACACCAAGAGUUACUUCGGGACGAAAACCAACUCACCUAGUUAAUCAACGUAGUACAACGAACACAUCACAUGAAGACCAAAGAUUGAAGGUCAUGAGUGGCGCUUGCAGCAGUAUAUCUUUAGUAGAUGGGUUUCGUCGAGAGUGCUGCGCAUUUCGUGUAGUUUCAGGUUACGCAAAAAUGAGACUAUGUCCAAUAUGCGGACCAAAGCUUUCGGCGUUUUGCAUGAUAAUGUCAGUUUGGGGUGUUUUCUUCCUUGGUCUGCUCGGUGUAUUUUUCUACGUUCAGGCGGUAAAUUUAUUUCCGGAUCUUCAUUUCGAACAGGAGGAACCGGUAGACGGAGUGGUUUUGCCAUUAACAACUGCUGUAAUUGAAGAUAAAUACGCGGAAAAGGCGACACAGUGCUGGGUAGCUGCUGGUAUGUACCUUGUCACGUUGAUUGUUGUUUUUUGGCAAAACAAAUUCAAUUCCUCAGCAAUAUUUUGA